GGGACUGGGGGGAACUUGGAUGAGGAGAUGGGGGAGGGGGGACCUGAGCGGAGUCCUCGCUCGCCGCUGUUGUGUCUCCUACAACGCUUGGGUUUACACGGGGUCGCACAGCCCGACUCGCUCACCCACGCCGCGGGUGGGAGUGUCCGGGCCCCCUCGAAGGUCAUCUUCCAAAACCCAACACAGCCUGCAAAGCACCUCCGGCGGAGGAAUCCCACGCCGGGAAGGGAGCUCCGAGAAAAUAAACGGAAAGUCGGCGUGCGACACCCCUCCUCCCUCCGCCGCACGACUCCCGCCGCCGCGCCCACGCCCGCCCACGCCGCCGUGUUCCAGAACACCAACGUCAUGCGUGACGUAACGCGAGCCCCUCUCUCCGGCUGCCCCGCCCCUUCCGGCGCUUACCCGGAAGUGAUCUUCCAAGGCGGAAGUAAGCGGGCGCUUGGAGAGCUGGCGGCGGCUGGCCUCGGCUCAGUGGGUCCGGAGUUUGCGGGGAAGUCGGGACCGCGAUCCCGCGCGGCCCCCGGACUGCCUGAAAGCGCCCCCGCACGGCGGGGAUGGGGGCCGGCCGGCCUUCCAGGGCAGCCCCGGAGGAGCGGGCCCUUCCCGCCCUCGUCCUCCGGCUUCUGCCCCCCUCUCAGCUCCCGCAGUCCGAGCCGGGGCCGCCCCGUCUUGUCCGGCCUUCGCGCUGAGAACGGUCUUUACACUUGCAGCGGCCUCCAGCCUGGGCAGGAAUGUGCCCCCGGUGUGUGCUCCGGUUUGGGCCUGACGCCAGGAAGCCGGGGAGCUGGGGACGAGUCUCCGGUUUGGAUAGGAACCCGCCCUGGCGGAGCCUCCCAGUACGUGGUGCAAGCCUUGGCCUUUUUUGUUUGGGCUCCUGCUGAGGGUUUUGCAGCGGAUCGCCCGGACGGCGUUACCCCAGGGGCUCUGCCUGGGCCCCCAGCCGCGCUGGAGCGCUGGGUGGGCCCGAGCACGUUCAUAAAACAGUGCUACACGUUCCCCGGGCAAGACAGGCCCGGAUGCUGGUGUCAGGCAGCCACUGUCACGCCAAAGGCUGUGCCUCCGCCCGCCUUCCACCACGUCCCUGGGGCCGAGGGCUGUCUCGGUCGCGACACCGGUGAUGGGGCAAAGUGGCUCAUCUUCCUUAUCUCAAAGUAAGCAUCCCCCUGAAAAGAGGUAGCUCUGCCAGCCAGGCCUGCUGGGGCUGGUAGAAAAGGGGGGCGGUGAACCUGCAGACAGGAGUCUCCGUGAGCCAGUAACAGCGGGCCUCACCUGCGCCCUGCUGCGUAUCAUGGGACACCCCUCCAGACCUUCACAAGACAGGGACACCUAUAACGUCGCACGUUCAUGUCUGUUUCGGAAAGCACAGAUCCCUUUGGUUGGUGUUCAGGAGCUGCCUGAGGGCACUCUCACCUGGGGGCGGAGAACUUGAGGCCCCAGGCCCGCUGCCCAGGGGACCCUGGCCUUGCUCCCUGGCCACAGGGCUGCUGGAAGCAACCAAGUCCGCCGAAGUGGCCUCUUGGACACCGACUCGAGCUGUCCUGCUGCCGCAGCCACCCGCCAGACCGGGCCUCCCCGGAGUCAUGUCUUACGUUUCUUGGACGCGACACCAAAGGGAGCUCCAGUUACCCCUGACUGUCGUUCACAAGCUUUCCAAGAUUACGUGAGAGCAAUCUUCUUUUUUUCACGAGCUCUGUUUAACAAGGUAAAUAAACGGCUUCUUUGCCGAUUUUGCUGUCCUAGUAUUUGGCUCUGCCAGUCAUGGCAGGGGCAGAAACAAGUGGACACGUUCCCGUGGGGCUGUCAGGGCCACGGUCCCCGGGCCUGUCAUAAGCCUGCCAUGGCGAGCGGACACCCCUGCCCCGCCAGCCCGGGCCCUCAGCACUGACCGCAUGUACUCAGGCUUCACCACCUCCAGACGAGGCGGUGGCCCAGGGAGGGUUAGGGGGUCUGACUCUCUUCCCCGGGCAGUCUGAAGCAGAGCCGGUGUCACCUCGGGCCUCACUGUGCCUGUGCGCGGGCUGGCCGUCUGCCCCAGGCUGUCUUGCUCUCUGAGAGUCUGGUCUCAGCAGCAGCCGAGUGGGCCCGUGUCCUCACAUGGCGCCGACAGCAGCUGGGGUGGCCCUGGUUGCCAGCAUGCCCCAAGGUUCAUGAGCCAGUGACAGACACCCCAGCUCUAGCCUCUACCAGGGGAGAACCCACAGCUCAGAGUGGUGUCAGGGAUGGCACUAGACUGCGGGUCCCUGUCUGGUGGGAACCUUUCCUCCCCCUCCUCCCUGAGCCCUCUUUGGCGCCCCACCCAGAAGGGAUCAGGGCACCGCAACACACACCAUUUCUUUACUCCUGCAGAGCAGAGGCCCAGCCCACAGUGCCCAUCCACCCGUGAGUCGGAAGCCCGGCUGUUUCUAGGCCACAGGGAGCACGUUGGGUCUCACCAGCAGCCCAGUUAGCGGAGCUAAUUUCAGCACAGAGUCUGGUCUCUCUGGAGCCGCUCUGGGUGUCUGCAAGGUGGCAGUCUGCUGGAGGACAAGCUGUCCCUGCUUCCCCUGUCCAGCAUCCCAAGAAGCCGAGAAUCCUGGCUCGUCGCAGAGAGCAGGCAUGCACCAGCGGGCCCACCACACAGAGUGGGGGACUCAGCACGAGGACCACGUCUGAACCUGGAGCCUGGAGAGUCCACACAGUAGCAGACAUGGCUGCCGCCCAGAGGCUGGAAAGAGCACAGAG